UGACAACAAGCUGGGUUGUAGCAGCAGCUGCUAAAACACUCCAGCGUUUAAUAAACUCCAAAUAAAGUAACCCGGAGAUCACAACAGGAGCAUGGAGAAUGAUGAACUUUCGUCAACGGAUGGGAUGGAUCGGUGUGAGCAUGUAUUUGCUGGCUAGCGUAGCUACAGUCUAUUACAUGUUCGAGAUCAGCCAGACGUACAACCGCUUCACUCUGGCCCAUGUCGAUGUGGUGAGUGGGACGUCACCACCGCAGCCUGGAGACGCUGCUUCAUCCUCAUUGUCCUUAUCCUCCUGGAUGGAAAGUGUAAAGACCAGACUGCUCCUGCUUCCCUUCUGGGUGUGGGCCACCAUCUUCCUCAUUCCCUACCUUCAAGUGUUCCUUUUUCUGUACUCAUGUACCAGAGCAGACCCCAAAACUGUGGGCUACUGCAUUCUGCCCAUCUGCCUGGCUGUUCUCUGCAACCGGCACCAGACUUUAAGAAAGGCCUCCAAUCAGAUUAGUAGGCUUCAGCUGAUUGACACGUAGUGGAGGUAGUUUCUGUUUUAAAUGGGCUGGGACAUCAGCACUGUGCACUUUGGCGUGUCUGAUGCUAAUGAGCCAGAUGUAGACACCAGUUGUGUGCACUGUCUGUACAUUUAUUAUCAGAAAGUCCUUUUAUUAGGACAAACUAGAGCAAUGGUUUAUACUUAAUGUUUUAGAUAGAUAUUGUUUUGAUUACAAAGCGACUCCUUUUCACAAAUUGAGUAAAAUGUUUAUUUUUUUUGGUACUUUUAAUUCCGUGCUUUAUAAAUAUGGAGUUAUAAUGAGAAUUCAGUAUUGUAAAUGUAUGAUUGUGCUUUUUAUUAUUUAUGGGUCCUAAGUUAGCAUUCUGAAAACAACUAGGACAAGUGUGAACAAACAUCCAAUGUCUAAAACUUUUUGUAUACGUGGGACCUGAUUUGGUCCGCUGAAUACGUUUUGAAAUGUUAAAAUUACUUAAAUGAUGCUUGCUAAACCAGAGUUAAUUCAUUAAAAAAACCCCAGAACAAACCAGGUUCGGAAAGUCAGGGUUGAUUUGCUAAAUAAACCACAAUGGCGGAUCAUUUCUGGCUAAAACUGCUGACAAUUCUCACUUCGCUAAAAGACGUAAACGGUGUGUUUUUACCAAACACCUUCCAGACUAUAAGAACACACACAUGCAGGAGGGGUUAGUGAUUCUCAGUAUUUUUCUUUUAAAUCUGCAUCUUCAGUGUUUUCUUUUUUUUAAAUCUGCAUAGUACACUUUCAGCAGAGUUAAAUUUUCAAAUCCGAAAUAGUACAGCGUUAUACACCUUCAGUGGUAUUUUUGAAAAACUUAUAACUGAGCAGCGUGUUAAGUAAAUAGUUUGACUCGGACAGUGUGUGCUGUUUAAAUUCAUGUUGUUACAUGAUCUAAUGCGAUAGUAUUUUUACUGAACACAGCUUUAUGUAAAUAAAAAUAGCUUGAACCUU